AUGGACGCCAGCGGUGCUGCGGGAGCGGAGCUCUUCCGUAAGCACACCGAGUGGCUGAGAGCAUUCGGACCAGGCUCGGUCGUCCAGGAACCGUCAUGGGGAAUGGUGGCAUAUAAUAUCCCGGUGAGAUCGAUGAAGCUUAUCCCAGAGACGAUGGCUGACGUUGUACGUGAGCUGCUUGCACAGAACAACUGGGGCGAAGGUGCGGCGAUCCAGUAUCUUGGCUGGUUAACAUGGCCGGGUCCACGAGCAGAGGCCGCGAUCCUGCUCGAGUUCACCAGCCCAGUCGUAGCCAAGCGCGCGAUCAUCACCGGCGUCGUUUGGGGAAAGCAAAUCCACCACGCCGUGCGUAUCCGUAGAGAAAGGCGGACAAAGCUAUGCAGGAAAUGCGAAAAACCGGGCCAAAUUCAGUCACACUGUUCCAACGACAAUGUGGUCACUGUGCCAUUGGUACCCGACCUGGGAGCGUCCAUCGACAAAGGGAAAAACGAUACCGGUCAGAUGUCCCAAUUGCGGUGGAGGACCCCGCCCAUAGUCAGAUUGCGCAGUGAAGAGGGUAGCUAUGACCGAGGCGAAACAAGCACUCGCUGA